AUGUCCAAAACUGGAAGCAAGAUCACCUUCUACGAAGGCAAGAAUUUCCAGGGGCGCCGCUAUGAGUCUGACAGGGACUGUUUGGAUUUCCACACUGACUUGAGCCGCUGCAAUUCCAUCCGUGUGGAGGGGGGUGCCUGGGUUGUUUAUGAGCGGCCAAACUUUGCAGGGAACAUGUAUGUGCUGACUCAUGGGGAAUAUCCUGAAUAUCAACGGUGGAUGGGCCUAAAUGACCGCGUCAGCUCAUGCAAAUCUAUUCAGCUACCCAGUGGAGGCAAAUACCAAAUCCAGCUCUUUGAGAAGGGUGACUUUAGUGGCCAGAUGCAUGAAUCCACAGAGGACUGCCCUUCUGUCAUGGAUCAGUUUCACCUGCGCGAAAUCCACUCCUGCAAAGUCCUGGAUGGGGCCUGGGUUUUCUAUGAACACCCCAAUUUCCGUGGCAGGCAGUAUCUUCUGGAGAGAGGAGAGUAUAGUAAACCUGUCGAGUGGGGGUCUGCGUCCCCAGUGGUCCAGUCCUUUCGCCGUAUUGCAGAGUAA